CGCGACCGCCGCCAGUCACACUCGCCACAGUGAAAAUGCCGUCCUACUUCGGCGACAUCGCCAAGGCGGCGAAGGACCUGCUCACCGGCAGCGUCAACUUCGACAACAAGGCGUCCCUCGACGCCAAGAACGUCGCCGACGGGCUCAAGAUCAGCGGAAGCUGCGUGCAGAAGGGCGGCGCGGGCGAUCCCACCGGCACCGUCAAGGCGACCUACGACCUCGCCUCCGACGUCGUCGCCGAGACCGAGGUUGGGCUCCCGUCCAACAAGAUCACCGCCUCCCUCGCGCACUCGGGCCUUCUCAAGGGCCUGAAGGCGACCCUGAGCGGCAACCCGCAGGACGUGAAGACCGCCAAGCUCGCGCUCCAGUACCUCCAGGGCGCCGUCGGCCUCAAGGCGGACCUCACCGACCUCACCGCGGGCGCGCCCAAGGCUGAUGUGUCGCUGUGCUGGUCCGAAGGGGAUCUCGCGGCUGGCGUGUCCGGCGCCGUGGACACCAAGGCGUUUCCCGAUCCCGCCGCGCUGCCCGGCAAGCUCAGCUACGCCGUGCAGAGCACCGGCGUCGUGCCGGACAGCACCGUGGCGCUCGCCCUGAGCGACGCCUUCGACACCGUCAAGGCUUCCAUCGUCACGAAGGUCGAUAAGGACACCACCGCCGGCGCGGAGGUGGUCUACAAGCGCGCCAAGGGUACCGCCUCCGGGUCCGUCGGCCUCUCCAAGCGCUUCUCCGCCGCGUGCACCGGAAAGGCUGUCGUCACGUCGCCGCUGCCGCUCAACGGAGCCGCCGCCGCGCCCGUGCUCACGCUGCAAACAACCGGCGACGUGUUCGCCAACACCUCCGGCUCCGCGUCCGUGCAGGUUGACACCGCCGCCAAGUACAAGUACGGCAUCCAGUUCGCCACCAAGGUUUGAUUCAAUAGGUCUAUUGAGACGGACGGAAGGAGAGAGUCGGAUUCAAACGGGGACGCCGUCGCGGCGCGAGUCGAAUGCAAAAUCGCGUGAAGAGAAUUUUGAUUUCGUCUCGCCGCGACGUUUCGGGAUUGGGGACGUUCACCCAUCGAUCGGGGAUGGGGUGGAACGAGCAGCAGCGGGAGCCGAGCACGUCGGUCCCGCGUCACGCCUUCACUUAUAUUACCUUCGGGACUCUCGUCGAGGACGCCGUGUACCUACUAAUUAUAGCCCGUCUUCGACGACCAUUUAAUGCUAAAUAAGAGUAUACCUCG